AUGAAUGUUCUUAAUUACAGAUAUACAAAAACAGUUGUAGACUCGAGUUUAACAGCCCAAAGAUAUAAUCCAGAAUUUACGGUGAUAGGUGGCAGCACAACAGGACUGGUGUCGGCUUAUGGUAAUUCGAAUACCAGCGUCCUGAUUGAUCAAUUGAGACACAUAAAUCAGGUGGUCCAAUCGCAGUUGGCAUCAGCGCCUGAUAGUGGAGUUUUGCUGGCUGACGAGGCGCUAGACGGUUCGGGAAGCGGCGCCCGGCCUGCUUGGGGAAAGAAUGAUGAUGGAGAUAUCGAUGACGAGGAUGUAGGCGAUAACGACGACGAAGAAGCCUCUGGCUCGGGAAUGGGUCCCACCACGACAUAUCCGCCGGGCACAAAUGACCAGGGCAAGUCGAACGAGGUGCCGUCCAGCAGUUUCCCAGUAAUCAGGCUCGAUUUUAUAGUGCUGCUUCUCAGCAGUCUUGCUGUCUGCGGUGCCUAG